GGCUCGGGCCGAGGCACGAAUCGUACACCUAGCCUUCGUAGACACGCUAGGGGGUUCUAUAUUUAGAGCAGAUUCAGGCACAAGUCGCUCCUGCCAACUCGCUUCUCCACCUCAUGAAUUCCUCCGUCUCAAUAGAUACCGAACCUCUUCGCGUCAUUAUCCGCGUCUGCGUGACCGAUAUUCCAGGGGAACCCGAAAAAAGAGUCCACCGUCUCGGGUCAGACUUUUGCGAGCAGAUUAUCAGCUGGCCAUUCAACAACGACCUGCAAGACAAAUGCCAUGAUGCUAUGCACUUCCUCCCGGAUUUCGACUCGGAGAACAACGUGAGGGCUUGGAUUCUUUAUGACUUCAACGUCGUGGAGCCGUUAGAUAAAGGUCAAGUCUUGGAGAUUCAGCACUUGGUCUACCAUGCUACGAGGCAGGGUGAGUCUUGGUAUGUCAGUCAAUUGAUGGCAGGUAAGUUAUUUGUAUUGAAAGAUGAUAGGAUAUUCACGCCACGAGAAAAUCGGAUUCCUGAAGGACGGAAGUAUUGCUCUAUGUAUACCUGGGGUGGUAGUUACAAGACUGAGUAGUAGUAGCAAUGAAUGCCAUCUUUUGGGGUUUGAGCUGUGGGGGUGACUUCCGCGUGCCUUGGUGGUCUAGCUGUCCAGUUUAUCCACCUUGCUCGACUAUCAGUAUUGGCCUCCAUGGUCUGGGGGCUGAGGGCCAGUCGCAGAUAGGAGGCAUAAUCCUAUCUAAUUCUCAGUCGAACACAGUCGCUGUCGCUCUGUGAGCUUGUUCUGGGUCUAACGUAGAUAUGCUUGGUAAGCAUAUCAUGUAUAUAUAGCAUGCCCUCAGCCAUUUAGUAGAAGGCUAGCGUUCUUUGGAAUACAUCUUUUG